AGCGAUUUUGCCCAAUCGACAUGUUUCUUCAAGUCACCACGUGGUGUCUAUUGUCUUUCUAAUUGCAUUUUAGUACGUACACAUUUUCAGACGGAAUAGACGGUUAUUGUUGUUAUUUUUGAAUGUAGUUUGUGUUUCUACAAUGUCCAGAAAUCGUGCUUUGACGCAGAAAGAAUUAGAAGAAGAGAUAGAGCGAAUUAUGCAAAAUCCGUCAGAUGAAGCAUCAGCAUUAGAGCAUGACGGCGAUAGUAUCGCAGACAGCAACUACUAACCUACUGAUGAUGAAUCAUCUGGUAGUUCCGAUACAAACUCUACUGACUUCCCCAUGCUUGCGCAAACCGCAGACACCAAUGACGAUGAGUUAUUCGUUACUUCUAGUACAAAUUCUCCAUUACCAGGAAGUAGUGCUGCCUCCGCGCCUAUGCCAAACACAGACACAGAUGACAAUUUAGCUGGUAACGCCGGCGCCGCCUCGGAUAAUAUGAUAUGGAG